AUGGAUAACUAUAUUAGCGUCGACCCGCUAUCGGCCAAACCAAUUGAUUGCUGGAAGAAGUAUCUGAGACAAGGUCGCGUGUGCGAACCAGCCAAAACCUUGAGGCUUGAUACUCCUGUUUUCGACAACAAAGUCAGAUUCGUUUGCAUUUCCGACACGCAUGAGAAGUUGGAUGAGUUUCUGACUGCGAUCCCGGAUGGUGACGUGCUCAUUCACGCUGGAGACUUCACAAACUACGGUGAUCUUGGAGAGGUCAUCAAAUUCAAUGCAGAAAUUGGUAAGCUACCACACAAACACAAACUGGUCAUUGCUGGGAACCAUGAACUUGGAUUCGAAGAUGGUGAAGAGAUGAACGAAAAGCAAUUGGCAGGCCUCAAUAUGCUUGGCAUCAACAAGGCAUACGAGUUGCUCAGCAACUGUACAUACCUCUGCGACCGUGCCACUGAGGUGUACGGUAUAAAAGUGUAUGGUGCUCCAUGGCAUUCAAUGCCAGGAUACUCUUUUUAUCGCCCAAGGGGACAGAAAAUACUUCACAAAUGGAAUCAGAUUCCCGUCAAAACCGAUGUGUUGAUCACUCAUACACCACCUUUGGGUCAUGGUGACUUUAAUUCUUGGAACAAAAUGGACGGUAUUCUUGCCGGGGAUGUCGAGCUACUAAACACCGUUGAACAACGCGUGGUACCGAAAUACCAUGUAUUUGGUCACGUUCAUCAGAUGCACGGAGCUACAACUAACGGGAUAACCACAUUCAUCAACGCAGCACUUUGUGAUCAUAAACUUCGUAGUGCCUACGAUCCAAUCAUAUUUGAUCUUCCACUUCCUCGUGGUGUAACUAAGUAA